AUGAGUCAUUUGAAACCAAGAAAUUCUAGUCAAAAAUACGCAGUCAUCACUGGUGCUUCAUCUGGUAUAGGAUACGCAUUAGCAACGGUGUUUAGUAAAAGAGGCUACAAGGUUAUCGGUGCUUCCCCACAAUCAGUAUUGCAUUUGCAAGACCCGCUUGUCAAAGAGUAUGGAGUUAUCUCGGUUCCGUGUGAUAUCACAAACCUUGACGAUCUAAAGAGGUUAAAAGAUAUUGUCCUUAAGGAAACCGGCGGUUAUGUGGACAUUUUGUACAACAAUGCCGGUAUAGCAAUUGGUGGUCCUGCAGCAGAGAUGGAUGAGGCAAAAGUGAACAAGAUCUUCCAAAUCAACGUCAUUGGUCAUAUCAAUGUCACGAAACAACUUGCCCCAUUUGUCAUCAAUGCAAAAGGAUCAAUAAUCUUUACUAGUUCUGUGGCAGCUAGAGUUCCUCUUGCUUGGAUUAGUAUAUACAGUGCAACAAAAGCAGCUAUUGAUGCAUACGCUCAAACAUUACACGGAGAAAUGGCACCAUUUGGUGUUAAAGUCCACAGUGUAAUAACAGGAGGGGUAAAUACGCAAAUUGGAGCUGAGGAGACAGUUGCAGAAGCUGAAAAGCAAUUUGGAAACUCAUUGUACAAUGUCGACGGAGCAAUUGAGAGUGGAAAGGCAGCAAAGGAGAUGAGUGUGCGAAACGGGGUCAGCGCAGAGCUGUAUGCUAGAGAUGUGGCUCGAAAAGUGUUGAAGAGACUGAACAAAUUCAACUUGUAUGCGGGAAGCAGUGGAUACACGUUACAUUUUAUUAGCAGAUACUACCCCUUGUGGUUGGUUGAGUAUAUCAUGCAAUGGUUUUUCAAACAGCUCAGGGUUUUUAGAAAUAUUAGGAAAUCCAGAAAGUAG